AUGCAAAUUUAUGUUUUUGUAUUUGAAUUCGAGGAAUUCAAUUACAAAUGCACUGUUAGGAUUUCAUUUUUGAAGUGCAAAUUUGAAUUCCUAAGAGAAGCUCUGUUGGUCAAUGCUCCCAGAAGUCUUCAUAGUCGGAAGCUCCCACCUCUCUGCCGUGACCUCAUUUUCCAUAGCUGUAGUUCUAGAAAACUCGCAAUCAGUCGACCAUAUCCUCCUGCACUGCCCCUGGACCAGGAAUCUUUGGAGCAUGGCCUUCUCCUUGACCAGGCAGCGAUGGGCCACUGCCAGCUCUGUGGGAGGGGAAUCUUGGGCUUGGAAAGGUAUUCAAGCCACCAAAGAGAAGAGGAAGGCUUUGACUCUCAUCCCUCUUGCCAUCCUUUGGGGUGCCUUGAAAUUGGAAGGAAAGAAACAAUCAGGAUCAAUUACGCCCCUUCAGAUUAGUAAAGAUUAGUAAGUUGCUACUGUUACCAGCUAGCACUGUGGCCAGUUUUUGAAUGGUCAUAAUGUAAUUCUUGAUUUUUGUGACACCCUGCAGGGUGACUGAUCCUUGUUCUAUUUGAAUACUGGGUUGGCACCCCAUUGAUGCACUGUUAAUAAAUUUUUUUCGCCAAUAAAAAAAAAAAUCUAUUAGUUAAUA